UUUCGUGUUCAUCGCGUUUUUAGCCAUGUUUCAGUUCAUAGAUACAAAGUUGAUGCUUCUCAGCGCAGUGUUGGUCGCGAUUUACGUUUAUUUGAAAUUUUGUGUUUACAAUUACUGGAAAAAAUACAAUGUGCCGCACGAUAAUCCGUCCAUACCUUUGGGCAAUGUGCCGGUUUCAUACUUUUUUGGACGGGUACAUUUAGCGAAGAUCAUAAAAAACUCUUACGUAAAAUUUUGCCGCUACCCAUUUCACGGCAUGUACUUUUUACACAAGCCAGUUUUGAUGAUAAACGAUCCGGAUCUUAUUCAAACCAUAUUAAUCAAGGAAUUUCAUAAAUUUGCCGACCGCGGCUGGUUUACGGACAAACGAGUUGAUCCCAUGUCGGCCAACUUGUUCUUCCAACCAUACGCAAAAUGGAGAAGACUAAGGACGAAAUUUUCGCCAAGUUUCUCCCCCGUAAAGCUAAGGCAAAUAUAUCCCCUGCUCGAAGAAGUCAGCGACUCCAUGAUCAAAGCCUGCGACGAUUUGUUGAAAAAGACCGACGUUGUCGACGUCAAAGAUUUAUUCGUAAGGUACACGGUGGAUGUCAUAUCGUCAACCGUUUACGGUUUCAACUGCAACAGUUUCGAAAACCCAGACAAUCAGUUUCGCCGUUAUGGAAUAAAAGCCCUGGAUUUCGGGAGGAUAAGCAUGCUGUUCAUCUUUUUUAUUCCCGAAGUGCUGCAGUCGAUAAUUCUGCCGGCUUUCGGUGUGAACAUUCGGGAAUUUUUCAACAAGAUUUUUAUCGAAUCGGUGACUCACCGCCGCAAAGAGAAAAUAGAAAGGAAAGAUUUCAUGAGCCUCUUGAUGCAACUCAUGGACAAGGGUCACAUAGAAGACAACGACUCGUCUUUGUCCUCCGAUGAUAAAAUCGAAGACGUUGACCCUCUGAGCAUGGAGGAAGCAGCAGCGCAGGCUUUCGUAUUUUUUUUGGGAGGAUUUGAGACACCAUCGGCAGUGUCAACCAAUUGCUUGCUGGAACUAGCUAUGCAUCCGGAGGUACAACAAAAACUUCAACAAGAAAUCGACACGGUGCUGGAAAAAAAUCCCUCCGGUUUGACGUACGAUUGUAUUUCGGAAAUGCAAUAUUUGGACAUGGUGUUUAACGAAACGCUGAGAAAACAUCCGCCGGGAGCUUUCUUGAAUCGGAUAUGCUUAGAGGAUUUUCAGAUUCCUGGCUCGGAUUUCACCAUUCCCAAGGGUAUGCGAUUGUUAAUUUCAUUGUCAGGGUUGCAUAACGAUCCGGAACAUUACCCGAAUCCGAGCAGGUUUGAUCCCGAGCGUUUCACAAAGGAAAACGUGGAUUCGAGGAGCACAUGCAUGCACAUAGGAUUUGGGGAUGGUCCUCGAAACUGCAUAGCAAAGAGUCUUGGCAUGUUAAAAUCGAAGCAGGCGUUGGUAGCACUUUUACGCAAUUAUACUUUUCGCGUUUGCGAUAAAACUAAUCUCCCCACGAGUUGCAGCACCGAAAGUUACGUCCAGAUUCCUGAACAGAGUGUGCUUUUGAGUUUCAAAAAAAGGCGUGAAUAA